AUGGCAACAGGCACAAGUGCCUGCAUCCACCUCCGGAACAUCCAAAAUGUGCGAAAUGAGGCCUGCUCUACUCCGCGCCGGGGACUUGUCCAGACGAGGUUGCCACGAUUCUCAAGACGAAACAUACAUACAAUCUGCUCAAAUACCAUGCCACUUCGAUCCACUCGCAAGCUAUGGCUACUAGAUCCUAUCAUUGCUGGCAAUCAGUCUGCACCCGAAGGACACCGGCCAACAACAGGUGCUCACUAUUCCACAAACCGUCCACCACUGCUUGAGUCAGUUAUCAACAAAAUCGUUUCCAAAAAAAACCAGGCAGAUGACCUCCCGCAUGAUUCACAGCGGGGCAAGCAUUUAUUGUCUAAAAAGGGACCCGUCAUCGGCGGCGGACAUGGUGAAUUAAAGAAGAAAUCCCAGGCUGUUAGUUUGGAAACCAGGGUUCUGGCACAGUUGUCUGAAGAUCGAUCAAGAUCAGCUAACUGUGAGGGUGAUGAACUGGCCCGGGAAGCCUUCGGGGAGCAUGGCAGUCGCAUGAGCCUCACAUGGCUUGAAAAUUCCCUAAAAGGCCUGCAAGAAGACCUCCAGAAGUCCCAGCGUGACCUGCUGAACCAGCCGCAACAAUUUACCUCCGCUCAGAUCGCCACUGUACAGCUACCCAUUCAACGUGAUGUAUUGUCUACAAUCGACAAAAAUGCAAGAAAGGUGCUUGAGCAUGCCAAUCGAGACAUGCUUUGGGCAGAAAGCUCUAGGAGGAAGGAUCAGUUGCAACCACAACAAAUCCCACUCGUCGAUCCCGAGUAUGUAGUGCAAAGAACAGCGGAGUUGCGGCGAUUCAAGCACAACGCCGACACCUGCUACAGUCCACAUCUUCAAGAAGAACUCAAAAGAAAAAAGCUUGAAUUGCCCGUGAGACGUUUCACGAAGCAAAUUUUGGAAGUCAUUAACAGCAAUACCUACACCAUUAUUGAUGGAAAGUGUGACUCCGGAAAGACUACGCAGGUUCCUCAAAUUAUCUUGGAUGAUGCAAUUGAUAAUUCUACCGGGGCAUCUUGUAGGGUUCUCUGUGUUCAACUAAAGGAAUUAGAGGCAGUCAAAAAGUCACUACAAGUGGCCCACGAAAGACUUGAAAAACUGGGUGAUACUACUUUUUACGGGGUGGCGCCUGAUCACAAUGCAUGUACUCCUUUUCCUGGGGGAAAUAUCAGGUAUUGCUCGAGGGACGAUUUGCUGAGAAUGUUGAAAAAUGGACCCUCCAGCUUGGAGCGAUUCUCCCACAUCAUACUUGAUGAGGUUCAAUUACGUGAUUUCAAUAUUGAGGCGGGCAUGAUGCUGUUGAAACGAUUUGUUGAACAACGCAAGUCUAUCGGUGCAUCUGUGCCGAAAGUCAUUCUGAUGGGCUCAAUUACUCAUGUCGAUAGUUUUUGUUCCUAUUUUGGUACCGAGACUAUAGAUGGCACGCUUUUGCCUGCUCCUCAUCUGACUAUUCCUAUGGGCUUCCCUGUGGAGAAGUAUUAUCUCGAAGAAGUAAUUGGCAACAUCGCCCAUUCUUUGACACCAAACACCCUAUGGCCUCUCCUUCUUAAUGACAAGAAUACAAAAGAGUUCCUGGACAACCAUUUCAAAUUGUUUGAAAAAUCGGAAACCGUAGAAAUCAACAGGCUUGGGAAAGUGGUCGUACCUUGCGGGUUGAUUUCUGCGACUCUUCUCUCGCUCUUGUCUACAACAAAAACAGGGUCCAUCCUUGUCUUCGUCCCAACGAUUCCAUACAUGCAGAGAGUUAUUAAGCAGGUCACAGCCUACGGCCCAGAGCAGGGAUUCCAUUUUGCAGAUAAGAAUCGGUUCAGAAUCAUUCAGUUGCAUAAAAAUACGACAAAGGAAGAAAAAGCUGAAUUUAACCUUGAACUUCCUCCGGGUUGUCGAAGAAUUGUCAUUUCAACACAAGGGAAAGGCUUCACAAUUCCAGACGUGAGGUACGUCAUUGACUCUGGCAAGUCAAUUGACAGGAAGGAGAAUCACGAGAAUCACGAGAAUUCCAACAAUUUGGCGAAAAAUAACGGAUGGGCUGUCAGGUGGAUUAGUCAAACUGUCGCCUCGCAGCGGGCAGAGCAUGCAGGCAGAGUCCAGGGUGGGGAGUACUACUUCCUUGGUGCCAAAAAGUGUUUUGAUUCCCUUCCAGUUACCAAACCUCCAACGACUGGGGCUGCUCGCUCAGAUCUCCAACGAGCCUGUUUGCAUGUUAAGCGAGCAACCUCUGGAACGUCCCUCUCAAUCGCAGAACUUUUCGCGCAAACCUAUGAGCCACCUCAAGAAUCCAGUGUCUGUGCUGCAGUGGAUGAUCUGAAGGAAUUGCAAGCAUUGGACGAGCAGGAAGAACUCACCACUCUUGGCCACCUUCUCGUCGAUUUGGAUAUGGAUCCUUGUUUUGGCAAGAUGGUUGCUCUGGGCAUUAUUUUCCAAUGUCUGGACCCAAUGCUGAUCCUUGCGGGUCUCGGGUGGAACCCAAGACUGCUUUUGCACAUGCCUUCGCCAGAUGCAGGCGCGGGUGGAUCACGCAUUCGUUCUGUACACGACUCUGUACACGACUCUGUACACGACUCUGUACACGACUCGGGCUAUCAUAUAGCUACCAUCAAUGCCUUUGGGGCCAUUCGAGAAAUGCUGCACAAGGAGGGCAAACUUCCGGCUUUUGAGGAUGCAGUCUCAAAAGACUAUAUGUCCAAGGUAUAUCAAACAGCGACUUCGGAAAUUAAGCGAAUUAUCAAGAGAUUGAUCGCAGCCAAAAUCAUCCCUGCAGACAGGUUGUACGGUGAGGAAGGCUCUUGGUUUAGUUGCAGCAGCUUCAAUGCCAAUUCCAAUAAUGAGGCUCUUAUCGAAGCACUCUUGCUGCAAUGUCUUUCCUCCAACCUGGCCGUGAAACCCUUUGGCGAUACGACCAUCAAAUUCAAAUCCGGAGAGAUUAUCAACAGGAUUUCAGAUGAUUUGAAACACAAAAGCUAUAUCAUGGCCUACAACUUCAGAUCGGUCAGCGCAAGCAUGCCUCAUAGUAUGAAACAAAAGACCCAGGUCAACCCACUGGCCGCCUGCCUAUUGGGGAACAAGAUAGAACAGGAGGAAGAUGGCAUUAUCUUGGAUUCGUGGGUGAAAAUCAAACUGCAAAGUGUGGAAAGCACAGAAAAUGAAGUUGCCAGGAGCUUGGUUCAAACACACAGAGUCUUGAAUGAGACCCUUCGCACUGCCUUUCAGAUACUUCCUUGCCAGAGAAUGGCAAACUUCGACUCUACAACGGAAUGGGUUUCCUAUCUUAAGGAGCGCAGUUACCUCUUCAAAACGAUUCAAAACACACUGCAAGAUAUUCUUCAUGCAAACGAUCCGCCCAUGCCCACUAGAAAAGGUAUAUGA